AUGUCGCAAUCCACACCUACCGCAGUCACGAAACGCAAGGUGAUGGGCCGAAUGGAUGCCGGUCCCUCCGAACCUACUUCCAACUCAGUGACGCCUACUGCGCGCCCGCGUAUCAUUAGAGCACAGCAUGGCUACUCGUCAUCCUCGAUCUCCAACAAUGCUACUCCAACCGCUACCCGACCUACACCUGGAACCGGUCGAGCACGCGUCGACAUGUCGGCGUUUUCGAGUCCUUCAACUGCUGCAUCCAGCCCCCUCGCGUCUCCCUCCUUGAACGGCAGGCCCGUGUCAGCCUCUGCUGCUGCAUCAAAUACAUUUACGGCAAGGCUCACGGCGCCAUCCCCCACAGUUCGCUCGACUCCCGCUUUUCACGCCCGGUCAGGCUCCGUCGUUGGCGCUAACGUCGGUACGUCUCCUUACCGACUUAACGAAGCCAGAAUCGACGCUUCCAGCGAUCCUAAUCUCGUCCCAACGCGAUCGCCCCGUGUACGAGCACGUAAUGGCAGCGUCGACUUGGGUGGCGGCUCGCCAGCCGUUACGUCUCCCAGCAUGCGCGUCUCCACAGCGAGCGCGCAGAUAUCUUUAUCCACCUCUACCAGGUCCCCCCUCCCGCGAGCCGACCAGUCAUCUUUGCAAAAGCACUCCACACCCUCCGCUUUCGUACGACCAGCGGCGUUGAACCGUAACCUUCUUUCUCCUCAGCGCUCUCAAGAGAUACUCGAACCAGACGCCAGAAUAUCCACCAGUCGGCCUCCGUCACCCACCAAAUCGCCAGCGUCGCCUGCACCGUCAGCAACAGGCUUUCCACAGCCGGCAAGUCCUGCCAAGCCACAUCUGUACACUCGCGGCUCUGAUCCCACCGUACCCGGUCGCCAAGCAUCCUUGUCUGGUGCUGUGCCCAUCGUUGUUGCGAACCCAGAUCUGUCGCGGACCCCCAGCACGUUCAACGGUACCGUGGCCCCUGCUGACGAACAGGCGCUCUAUGCGACCUCACCGAGCGAGUCACGACCAUUUGCUAGUACAGCUGGUCCCAACCGCAUCGAGCCAGGCUCCGCAAUGACAACCGGGAGAGCUGGGUUACGCCCCGUGCCUGCAUCACAGCGAUCCUCGAUUCCUCCUAGCUUUAUGGACCUGACCUCGAUCGCCCCCUCUGCAGCGUCGCGAUCAGACACGGAGCAGCGCGCUUUACUCGUAUCCGGUAGCUUUCCCGUCUAUUCAGGAGCACGUCAACCGCUCUCGCCUUCAUCCGAAACGCCGCUUUCGCCCAGCGAAGCAGAUGAAGCAGGCGAAGCUGAAGAAGCACGCAUCCAUCGCAAACUUCUAGACCUCGAAAUUACCAACAAGUCUCUGCUGGCCAUCAACUCGGCGCUCGAAGUGACAAAGCUCAAACAGGCGAAAGAGAUACGCGAACUCAAACGGCGAUUGAGAGAUGGCAGAGGUCUACCUUGCAGCGUUACUACUCGAGAGUCGUCCAGCAUUGUGCUGAGCGACGAUGAUCUGCUGAGCGACAGUGACAAUGAAGAAUUGUUGAGUUUGCAAGAGGAUCCGGAGCUGGAAGCUGCGCAUCAAAGGUGUAAGGACCUAGUCGAUCUCAUGGUGGAGCGAGCGAGGAAGGCGAUCAUGGCAAAGUACGAAGAGGAGAACGCGGGUGGUGGUGGCAAGGUGCUCCACCCGGCCGAGCUAGAAGAGAUGCAGAGGGAGAUGGACGAGGAAGCUGAGGAUGCGCGCACCGAGGCGGACACCACAACGGCGACCGACGCUUUGGAAGUCAGCAUGACGUUUGAUACCGACAAUGCAGACGUCGACGAAGGGCUACGCUCGAGCUCAAGCCUCAUGUUUGGCGCGCAUGCAGGUUGUGAAUCGAUAGCAGAUUCAGCGCCAAGCACAACCCUGCAUCCCGACUCGGCUAGGGCUAGUCGGCCUGUCCCUGGAGACGUCUCGAUCGACUAA